AUGAUGAGACAGAACCUUGGCCGAUCCACUCGCUCAAUCUAUCUGGCUCUGGCGUGUUUGUCCCUCACUCUCCACCUCCUUCUGGCAUUUUUUUGUCUGUCUGUCCUCCAGACAGCCUGUGUCCUUCCCGCCUCAUCUUCUUCCUCCUCUUCAGGAGAUGCCUCCUCCUCCUCACAGAAAUUGCCAACAAGUCCCCAGAAUGACGAGCAUCACAAACUGAAUGCCAGCACAUUACACCUUAAAGGUAAAGACAGCUUCAGUGCGGCCAGUGAGAGGGAAAAGAAACUGAUCGGAACUGGACAAGUGAUUCAAAAGGUCAAGGGUUGCUCUAAGCUUGAGGCACUGUUCAAUCACCCGCUGUACAACCUGCCACACCCAGAGCUGCGAGAAGAUGAUUGGCUGCUGAGGGUGAAGACCAAUGAGGAUGCGAGCGAUACGGAAAGUGAGGAAGAAGAGAGGGAAGAUGACGUUAGUAAUGACAGUGAGUGGCAGAGCGCCAGUCAGGAAGAAGGCUAUGACAAAGUCGCUUGGACCAGCGACGUGGAGACCCACCCUCCUUGGCUGCGGUUUCACUUGGGCAUCUCUCGCUGGGAACUGUACAACAGGAAGGAUCCCAACCUGGCCCAGCUGACUCACUAUUUGGCAACGCACCGUAUCCACAGCGCUGUUCAGAAGACGGGAGGCACGCAGCUCAAACUGCUCAUAUCGUUCCCAAACUACGGACAGGCUCUGCUCAAACCCAUGAAACAGCCCAGAGAUGCAGAGACGGACUUAAACCUCUUCUACUUCUCAGACUUUGAAAGACACAACGCUGAGAUCGCUGCCUUCCACCUGGACAGACUGCUGGGCUUCAACAGGAUCCCCCCCGCAGUGGGUCGGCUCAUCAAUGUCACAGCAGAGAUCAGAGAGAUCACCACAGACCACAGGCUGUCCAGAACCUUCUUCACUUCCCCCGUGGGGAACGUGUGUUUCUACGGCCAGUGUGAGUAUUACUGUUCAACAGAGCACCCAGUUUGCGGUCGGCCACAUGCACUGGAGGUUUCCCUGGCCGCCAUGCUACCUGACCUCACCCUCGCUCCCCGCAGGUCCUGGAGGUCGCCAUGGAGACGGUCCUACAGCCGCACCAAGCUGGCCCGGUGGGAGAAGGACCCGACCUACUGCGACACAGUCAAACAGACGCCUCCUUACGACCACGGCACCAGACUGGUGGAUCUCAUAGACAUGGCCGUGCUGGACUUCCUCAUGGGCAACAUGGACAGACAUCACUACGAGACGUUUGAGAAAUUUGGCAACAAGACUUUUCUGCUGCAUCUGGAUAACGGACGGGCGUUUGGGCGUCACUCUCGGGAUGAGCCGUCUAUUCUGGCUCCUUUACAACAGUGCUGCAGGAUGCAUCGCUCCACCCUCCUCCGCCUGCGUCUCUUGUCUCUCCCUGGCUUCCGCCUGAGUGACGUCAUGCGGGAGUCGCUGGCUCGGGAUCCUCUGGCAGGCGCGGUGGCCCCCGUCCUGUCCGAGCCACACCUCUCUGCUUUGGACCGACGCCUGGCGGCCGUCCUGCAGGUGGUGCGGACGUGUCAGGAUCAGCACGGUGAUGUCAUUCACGACGACCUGGAGGGAUACGACGAAGAACACCAUCCGCAGCCUGACUGAGGAAGAAGAAAAGCUAUUGAUAAAGCAAUAAGUUAUAAAUCUGUAUCAUGUGCACAGUUACCUGAAUGAUGUAGAAUCAUGGCAAAUUGUGCAUGAUAAUUUGUGGGUAAAAAAGAUUGUUGGUCUGUUUAUGUUUCUCUAAACGUGGCUCUGGUGAC